UUUAAGAAUUUUCAGUCCAUCCCUUAGUUCUGUAGUUGGUGCUUUAUGAACAAUCCCUAGGAGUGGGCGGGGCUUCCCGUAAAUCCCCUCUGCAGCUGUUUUCCUUCUGCAGUGACUCAGAGAGCGCCUGGGCUUCUGGAGCAAAAGAGACUGAAUCACCAUGGUGUACCAGUGUGGUCUGCUCACCCACAAGAAGGAAUCAGUGCCGCUCAAGAAUAUCUCUGUGAACUUGUCCAUUUGUGAGUUUGUGGCUGGUGUGUCUGCAACUUUAAACUAUGAGAAUGAAGAGAAAGUUCCUUUGGAGGCCUUCUUUGUAUUUCCCAUGGAUGAAGAUUCUGCUGUCUAUAGCUUUGAGGCCUUGGUGGAUGGGAAGAAAAUUGUAGCAGAGUUACAGGACAAAUGCAAGGCCCAUAUCAACUAUGAGAAUGCCAUCAGCCAAGGCCACCAGGCCUUCUUAUUAGAAGAGGACAAGUGUUCCAGGGAUGUCUUCUCCUGUGACGUGGGGAACCUCCCACCUGGGUCCAAAGUGGAGCUCACCCUGAGGUAUGUGCAGGAGCUGCCACUGGAAGCAGAUGGAGCGAUGCGCUAUGUGCUCCCAGCUAUCCUGAAUCCCAGAUACCAUCUCUCUGGACUGCCUGAGGAUAGUUGCCUUAAUAUGAAGACUCCUGUAGCUCCUUUGGAGGACCCACCCUACACACUGAGCAUGACUGCCACCAUCACUUCCCAGCACAGUAUCGAGAAGGUCCAAUCAAACUGUACCUUGAGCCCUGUUGAGUACCUUGGAAGUGCAAAGACUUCUGUUCAGGUUUCCCUGGCUGAUGGGCACAAGUUUGACCGCGACGUGGAACUCCUGAUUUACUAUAGUGAGGUGCACAGCCCCAGCGUAGCCGUGGAGAUGGGGAUGCCUGAAAAACAGCCAGAUAGCUUGAUGGGAGAUCCAUGUGCCAUGGUGAGUUUCUAUCCAGAUAUCCCAGAAAUUGAAGUGCCUGUUGCCUGUGGAGAAUUUGUCAUCCUCAUGGACUGCUCAGGAAGCAUGCGGUCUCCUAUGAAUAAACAGGCGAAAUCUCAACCACGCAUAGAGGCAGCCAAGGAAACUCUGAUUUUGCUACUGAAGAGCCUGUCCAUUGGCUGUUAUUUCAACAUCUAUGAGUUUGGAUCUUCCUUUGGGACAUUCUUUCCGGACAGUGUGAUGUACACCCAGGAGACAAUGGAGGAGGCGGUGGAAAGAGUGCAGCUUAUGGAGGCAGACAGAGGGGGCACUGAAAUCUUGACACCACUUCGGGACAUUUACAGAAAACCUCCCAUCGCAGGCCAUCCCCUGCAGCUUUUUGUCUUUACAGAUGGAGAAGUUGCAGACACCUUUACCAUAAUUAGAGAAGUGAAGCUCAACAGCAAAAAGCACAGGUGUUUCUCCUUUGGUAUUGGCGAAGGUGCCUCCACCAGCCUAAUAAAAAACAUUGCUCGGGUUUCAGGGGGCAUGGCAGAAUUUAUCACAGGCAAGGACAGGAUGCAGUCCAAGGUUCUUAGAGCCUUGAAACGUUCUCUACAGCCUGUGGUUGAGAACAUCUCUCUGAGUUGGAACUUGCCAUCUGGUCUGUCUGCUGAAAUGCUUUCCCCAGAGCAGACUUCCCUCUUUAGGGGUCAGAGGUUAAUUAUCUAUGCCCAGUUGUCUGGGACAAUGCUGCCAGAAGAGGCUACAGGAGAAGUCUGUCUCAAGUACACAUUCCAGGGCAAGAGUUUUGAGAAUAAGAUGUUGUUUCCUCUACAACCCAAGCUUGAUGUCAGCCUCACCAUUCACCGCCUUGCUGCCAAAUCCUUGCUCCAGGCCAAAGACAUGGGCUUCAGAGAGACCGUAGGAAGAGAUAAAAACGAUGUGUUGAACAUAAGCCUCGAGUCAGGCGUCAUAAGUUCCUUUACUGCAUUUGUUGCCAUCAACAAGGAACUUAAUAAGCCUAUUCAGGGGCCCUUGGUUUAUAGAAACAUUCCAACACCUGUUCUGCUAACCGCUCUAAAUAACCAUGUACCAAGACUUGAUCGAGGUGCACCUGUUUACGCAGCGAGAUCAUUUGAUAUUCCUCUUGCUCGUCCGUGUCCAUCCAGCCUAUCCAAGAGGAGGAUUAAUUUCUGUGCAACCGUGGUGCAACAGCCUUGUGGUUCAGUUUCACGAAAGCAUGAAGUACAAUCUUCUGGUCCUAGACACAGAAGGUCCCAUGAACUAUUCGAAGACUACACUCAAGGGAAGAAGACAUACUCUUCCACCAGUGUCGACGUGCAAAAACCCCAAGCAGUCUUUGAAGAAGAGCUAUACUUGCAGCUGAUUGCCCUCCAAAAAGCAGAUGGUUCCUGGGAUCUGGAUGAGAGUCUGGGCAAGGUCCUAGAUAUGAGUUUGGAAAACAUACUGGCUGCUCACCCUGCCAAGCAUCUGGAUCCCUCUGCCUGGGCCACCAUCCUGGCUGUCAUCUGGCUACAUGCUAAUUGUAGCAGCUUGAAGUGGGAGUGGGAACUUCUUGAAAAGAAGGCAAUAGCCUGGGUUCGCCCUUUUGCAGGCUCCAGCAUGUCAGUGCUUGUGAAAGCUGCCAUUGCCUUCCUGAAAGUCUCUGUAAAUCCUGGCAUCUUUGACCUCUGAGUACGCCAACUGGAAGAAAAGAAACAUGCAAACAAGUGCCUCUCCUUGGUCACUGUCAUUUCCUUAAUCAGCUGCUCUGCUGUGGAGAGUUCUUGCGUUGUAUACUUCCUCCUAUAUGUCUUGUCGUGAAAGUAAAAGAUGUCCACUCCCUGCCUUACCUCCCUGUUUCAGCUGCCCUUGGGUGUGCCUGGGUUAUGCCUUUCAACAAGUGAUAGGGGUCACAGAACACAUUCUCCUUCUUGAAACAAUUUAAAAUAGUCUAUAAUGUUCCACCCAGCAUUUGUAGAGCAAUAAAGUGUUAUUGGUGACAUGAACUUCUGGCUAAAGGUUUUGCAACACUGAUAUUAGUGGAUAUUUGAGUUAAAGCAUUCUCAGCAUUUCCUUUAUUCACUUUUGACUUUCUCUAGUUGUCAGGCCCACAUUGACCAUCUUGGAAAUUUUCCAUCCUCAUGAAGAAUUAAACAGAAAUUGAAAACCAGCAUAGGUAUCAAUGUAACCUUAAGGUAUCAAAGAGAGAGAUUUAAGAGGGCCACUCUGAGUACCGGCACUGUUGAUGGCUUUCUUGAUUAAUUCUGCUUGUGCUUUCAAAUGUAUUCUGUGUGCAUAUCAUUCAGUUGCCUAAGACACUUGAAUUAUUCUUAUUGCCAAUAGAGAUUUCUUUUCAUUAAUCAUUUUAAUAGAAUGGCCAUCCUGAAAUCCUCUGUGCUAGCAUAAAUCCCUGAGGUCUUGAAGUUAGCUUGUGAUCUAAUGUAAUAAAGAGAAGGUUGGGUUUGAUUGCAGUUGUCUCUAGCUGAACUUGGACCACUCACUGUAUGAGAAAGAAGAGACCUGCUUAUUGUUUCUAAUUUUUUUGUCUCAGGCACGUUGUCCUGGCAGAAAUAACCAUACUAAUGUGUUUUAUGCCCCUGUACCUGCCAAAUAACUACUUUAUCAAUAUUAAAAUGAUGAUUUCUA